CGUCUUUUUCAUAUUCAAGAAAAAUCGCGAAUCUACGUCGGAACUCCACAACGGUGAUAUGGAUCCUUAAUCCUUGGUCCAUAUCCAAAGAGUACCGUGAGAAGAAAUAUUUAAUGGUUUUAGAUUCUGCCUAAAACCUCCAGAAAUCUCUUGGGGGUGCCAUUCUCUUCUCCGAGCUUCUCUUACCUUUCUACUCCCCUCUGAUUCUUCUUCCCCUCCCUCUCGCACCCGUGUAUAUAUAUCAACCCACCACCAUGCAUCGUCAAAUCCAUCAAAAUAAUAAUAAAGCAACACGAGAAAGAAAGCUCCCAAGUACAAGCACAGGAAGACCAUUAAUUCCUAUACAGUAUUCACGUCAAAGUUAUCUGCAUUGAUUUCUAACCUGUUUUCUUCAACCAGUACCAACACAUAUUCUUGCUGAAUUCUUCACAAUGGUAUCCAAGACUGAAGGCAAGGCCAUUGGCAUUGAUCUCGGCACUACUUACAGUUGUGUUGGCGUGUGGCAAAAUGACCGCGUAGAGAUAAUAGCCAAUGACCAGGGCAACAGAACCACUCCCUCCUACGUGGCUUUCACUGAUACCGAGCGGUUGAUUGGCGAUGCAGCCAAGAACCAGGUCGCAAUGAACCCUCAGAAUACGGUUUUCGACGCCAAGCGGCUCAUUGGUAGGCGAUUCUCCGACCCGACGGUCCAGAGCGACAUGAGACAUUGGCCUUUCAAGGUCGUCGCAGGACCCGGAGACAAGCCGAUGAUAGUGGUGCAGUACAAAGGCGAAAACAAGCAAUUCGCACCCGAAGAGAUUUCUUCGAUGGUGUUGGUCAAGAUGAAGGAGAUUGCCGAGGCUUACCUGGGUCAUAUUGUGAAGAACGCGGUGAUCACGGUGCCGGCUUACUUCAACGAUUCGCAGAGGCAGGCCACCAAGGACGCUGGCGCUAUCGCGGGACUCAAUGUGAUGAGGAUUAUCAAUGAGCCAACUGCAGCUGCCAUUGCUUAUGGACUUGACAAGAAGGGGUCGAGAUCCGGAGAGAAGAACGUGCUUAUUUUCGAUCUCGGGGGUGGGACUUUCGAUGUUUCACUACUGUCAAUCGAGGAAGGGAUAUUUGAAGUUAAGGCCACUGCUGGUGAUACCCAUCUUGGUGGUGAGGAUUUUGAUAACAGACUUGUGAAUCACUUUGUGGCAGAGUUCAAUAGGAAGCACAAGAAAGACAUUAGUGGCAGUGCAAGAGCUUUGAGGCGGCUGAGGACUGCGUGUGAAAGGGCGAAGAGGACUCUUUCUUCGACCUCUCAGACAACUAUUGAGAUCGAUUCCCUCUUUGAAGGUAUUGAUUUCUAUGCUACUAUUACGAGGGCGAGAUUUGAGGAAUUGAACAUGGAUUUGUUCAGAAAGUGCAUGGAACCAGUGGAGAAGUGUCUCCGAGACGCCAAGAUUGACAAGAGUCAGGUUCAUGAGGUUGUUCUCGUUGGCGGGUCGACGAGGAUUCCCAAAGUCCAGCAACUUUUGCAGGAUUUCUUUAACGGCAAGGAACUUUGCAAAAGCAUAAACCCCGAUGAGGCCGUCGCUUAUGGGGCUGCCGUUCAAGCCGCAAUUCUGAGCGGUGAGGGCAAUGAGAAGGUCCAAGACUUGCUCUUGCUCGAUGUCACCCCUCUUAGCCUUGGUAUUGAGACCGCCGGAGGUGUAAUGACAGUCUUGAUUCCAAGGAACACAACGAUUCCUACUAAAAAGGAGCAAAUUUUCUCGACCUAUUCAGAUAAUCAGCCAGGAGUGCUAAUUCAGGUGUUUGAAGGUGAGAGGGCUAAAACCAAGGACAACAACCUUCUCGGAAAAUUCGAGCUUACGGGCAUUCCGCCGGCUCCAAGAGGCGUUCCUCAGAUCAACGUGUGCUUCGACAUUGACGCGAAUGGUAUAUUAAACGUUUCUGCCGAGGACAAGACUGCAGGAGUAAAGAACAAGAUUACCAUUACCAACGACAAAGGAAGGCUGAGCAAGGAAGAGAUUGAGAGGUUGGUGCAAGAGGCAGAGAAGUACAAGGCGGAGGAUGAGGAGGUGAAGAAGAAGGUGGAGGCAAAGAAUUCACUGGAAAAUUACGCGUACAACAUGAAGAAUACGGUAAAGGACGAGAAAUUGGCUGGGAAAUUAGAUCCAGCCGACAAGCAGAAGAUGGAGAAGGCCAUUAACGAGACGACCGAUUGGCUGGACAGGAACCAAUUGGCUGAAGUCGAGGAGUUUGAGGAGAAGUUGAAAGAGUUGGAGGCCUUAUGCAACCCCAUCAUUACGAGGAUGUAUCAGGCCGCUGGUGGGGGUGAGAUGCCCAGAGGUGGACAUGACAAGGCUUCACCUGCUGGUUCCGGAGUUGGGCCUACAAUCGAAGAGGUUGACUGAGGCUUCAAAUUCAAAACCACCGAAGAACCCAGCUGGUGCGGCCACCUCGGCCCAAGACCUCUCUUCUGUCAUUUCUUAAUCCCGCAGCCACCGGAUAUGUGAGUUUAAGCGACCUGUCCUCUCGUCGUUCGAAGUACCCGCCAAGAGCACCGUCCUUCUAGGGCAACCAAAUCGGUGAAGCAAGUGGGCGUCAAGACAAAGUUAUAGCCAUCUUGAUUUAAAGAAAUCUUCUUGCUGAAGAUGAUGCACAAGAAUCUUCUUGAACAUGGGUAAAUGAGGGUAAACUUGGAGAUGAUGCUACCCUUGAGAGUUGGAAUUAUUUGAUGAACAUGCAAUAGGAUGAAAGUACCACUGUCAAGCGAAAAUCAACAGUGAGCUGGAAUUGAAAUUGCGUAGGACGCUAAACCUGGAGAACUUUUAUGGAAAAUCUUGCUACAGAACGAGUGGUGGACACUCAUGCAAUAUUUGAAGAAAUAUGGAGCUUUGAAGGCUAGCGUUCGAAGUUUCUAUGCCAUCAAGCUAACGUGCCCUGGAAUUCAACCAUCAAUGUCCAUAAGUGAUCUAGUGAGCCACAGUGGAAACUGUAUUGCAUAGCAGAUGGCAUCUGACAAUCCCAUGUUUCUUUAGCAAGAAACAAGGGAGAGAAAAGAAAGAAAGAAAGAAAGAAAGGAACAACGUAGAAGAGACAUUUUGAAGGAGAUUGCCUAGUACCUGUUUAUUGACUCACAAUUAACAUCGGCUUCUGAUGAGCAGUCACUCAUGUUAAGGGUCAAUACUCUUUCCCGCCUUCUGCAGAAAGAUCCUUGAAAGCUGAAACUGCACUCAACUUGAAGGCUGAACGUGAUGAAUAUGUUGGUGGAAAUGGUGAUUGCUGCAACAGCACAUGAAAAUAAGCCUGCAGAGAAAUCUCCAACGCUUAAGGGGUGAGUCCAGUGGGCUGCAAACAGGCACCAGCCAAGCCGAGGAAGGACCGUUUGCAGAGCUGCUGCUUUAUGUCAGGAUUUUUCUACAACGGCGACAUUCGCAUAGGAUGGAACUCUCAAAAUUUUCAUCCUUCUUUAUAAGAUCGCAACAAUCGAGCAUCACUAUCUACCUUGAUUAGAUAGUGAUUAUCAGAAUCUUCUGGCAAGCUAAACGAAAACAUUGGGAGGGAUGCUAUCCUUGGAAGAUUGGUCCACUGAGAAUUUUGAGUUUUAAGAUUAAAUGUUAAAAUAUUAUAUUUUAAUAUUAUUAUUAUUUUAAGAUUUGAAAAAAUUGAAUUGUUUAUUA